AUGUGCAGACCCAGCACCUGCUCUGCUUGUCAAAACACUACCUGGAUCGGAUGUGGCUUGCACAUUCCCAGGGCCAUGGAUCCCGUGCCCAGACAUCAAUGGUGUACGUGUGAGUCCAUCAGCGGCACCGACAUCGGCGACUAUCCCCCCAAGGCAGGCGACGGCCGCCAGGCAGCGCCAGCGCCAUGA